CUGAUCUACUAGAGUAACGUCCCUUUCGUUAAACUGAAAGUAGGAAUGUUGCAUUUCUGACAUGAUGAAUUUGUCUGAAAAUUUUCUAGAAAGUUAUAAUGUAUCUACUGAAUUCGGAUUUUUGAUGAUAAAACCUUUGGAAUACCUACCUGAAUAUUUCAAGUCAUGGAAUUCACUUGCCAAAGACAUGCCCGACUUGGUAAAGAAGAAACAGUUGAGAGAGGCUGUGCAUGAGAUGGAUUUGCUAGACUUUAAAAAGCUGGAUGGUCAUCGGCAAUAUAGACUUGCUCAUUUACAAUUGUCUAUAAUAGCAUCAGGUUAUAUAUGGCAGGAGGGAGAUUCUGGGGCAGCUAAGGUUUUACCUAAAAAUGUGUCUAUUCCAUGGUGUGGGGUAUCGGAAUAUCUGGAUCUACAACCAGUACUUAGUCAUGCUAGUUUGGUUCUUGCCAACUGGGGUUACACUGGUGAGGGCAGUUCAGUACGAAGUUUAUAUAGAAUACCAGGAGGUUCUGAUGCUGAAUGGUUUAUAACAGUCACAACAAAAACUGAACUAGCUUUUGCAGCAGGUCUACAGAACUUGAUGCAGGUAUUGUAUCAUGCGGAACAUGGUAAUAUUCAGGAACUCACUAAAUGCCUCACAGAAGCUACACAAACAGUACAUAAUAUGAAGAAGGUUGUUUCUACUAUGCAUGAGAAUUUAUCAGCGGAGACAUUUUAUGAUGUGAUGAGACCAUUCCUUACAGGGUGGGGUGGUGAUGGAUCCCCAUUACCUGAUGGUAUUAUAUAUGAAGGGGUUAGUGAUAAACCUAGGAAGAUGACAGGUGGUAGUGCUGCACAAAGUUCAACAUUACAAUGUAUAGAUGCUGUCCUAGGUGUUAAACAUAGUCAAGGUAAUCGAGAUUUUUUGAUGAACAUGAGAAAUUACAUGCCACCAUCUCACAGAGAGUUUCUCUAUACUAUAGAGAGACAAUCUAAAGUUAAAUCUACUGUUGAAUCUAGUAACUGUGAUAAACUGACGGAAGCCUACAAUCAGUGUGUGAAAGCUGUUGUUAACUUUAGAAGUUACCAUAUACAGAUUGUAACCAAGUACAUAGUGUUAAUGGCAAAUAGGGAAUCAAGGAACAAGGAUUAUGAGUCAUUGGCCACCAUGGGAACUGGAGGAUCUAGUAUACUUCCUUUCCUUAAAAGUUUACGGACAACUACAUCUGCUUGUUUAAAAGAUACAGAAACCUGAGUUUGUUGAACAGUAUGAUGAUGAUAAGUUCCAAACUGAUGUAUAAGUCUUCAAGGGAAUCUUUUUGAAAGUUUAUAACUAUUUUCAUUCAUAACUGGUUGUGUGAUAUAUAUUCAGAGGAUAAAUUCUGAACAUGUAAAUUUUGUAGUUGGAUUUUUAUAUUACAUAAAAAGUUGCUCAAUAUGCUUUAUAUAAUACUUAAUUUUUGUGUUUGUUGUUGUGUGUUUAGUAUGCAGAGCAUGAGUAUGGUAACUUCCAAAUUAUUGAUUAUGUCUCUGUUGCGCAUAACAUGUUUUGAUUUUUAGCUCACCUGUCACAAAGUGACAUGGUGAGCUAUUGUGAUCGCUUUUCGUCCGGCGUCCAUCCAGUCGUAAACUUUUACUUUAAACCACAUCUCCUCAUAAAAUGCUAAGCCAAUUUCAUCCAAUCUUCACAGGAAUGUUCUUUUGGUAAUCAACUUUAAAAAUUAUUCAAAGAAUUUAAUUCCAAGCAGAACUCUGUUUGCCAUGGCAACGUAAGAAAAAAAUUAAAAUAUCUCCUUUUAGAAAAACCAAAAGAGCUCAAGCUUAAAUAUUUGGCAUGAAACAUCAUCUAGUCAGUGUCUACCAAAUUUGUUCAAAUAAAUGCCCGGAGUCAAAAUUGGGCCCGUCCUGGGGGUCAUUGAUU